GCCACGUCUACAACGCAAGCAGCAACUGAAAUCAUUACGUAGCCUUUUGUGUGUCUUGUGAGCCUGUUGACACCGCCCCUCCGGAGGGUGCAGCGGGACUAUCAGAAGCCAACUGUCGGUUAGGUCUGCUGGCUGUAAACAAAAAUCUACAACACCACGAUGUACGGAAUAGACUUGUAUCCCAAGCAGCAGCUGUCCGCGCUGUCGCCGUCGUUGCCAUCGUUCACCAUGUAGACCGACGCCUACAGUUUACAGUCCGGCGGUAACGUUACGACGGUUGAUUGUUAAUUCUAGCCAGACUUGUCAUUGAUUUGGCCGCUGGUAUCACAUGUAUUUUUAUGCUACGGUUGUCAUAAUGGUCGCCGAGUGAAUUGUACAUCAGAGCCAGUUUGCUAACGGUUAGCAAACCGUAUGAAUUUGGCUGUUUUAGUGCCGAGCAGCACCAGCUAAAAUAAUUUCAGAGGUACGUGAACAUGACAUCGCCCGCAGAGCACGACCUGACUCUGUCUGAAGCUGACAGCAGCAAAGAGAAAGUUCAGGUGUUUGGGAUUUUAAGGCUGCAGGAGGAGAAAUCUGGUGUUGGGGAUAAAGCUAACAGUAGCAGCACGAUGAGAGGAGGAGCCGGUGGUGGAGGAGACGGGCGAUGGCAGGCUCCUAUCUUCGCGCUGGCCAGGAAAGCAUCCGAGACCAUUUCAGGAAGCAUUCACGUCCUGCCCAAAGUGUCGGAGCACAGGACGUCUCUGCCCGGGGACUGGACAGUGCAAGCUGUGCGAGACCCCAUGGCCAUGGAGCGAGCCAACCUGCUGAACAUGGCCAAGCUGAGUAUUAAAGGGCUGAUCGAGUCAGCUCUGAGCUUCGGACGAACUCUGGACUCUGACUACCCACCCCUUCAGCAGUUCUUUGUUGUCAUGGAGCACUGCCUUAAACAUGGCCUCAGAGUGAAGAAGUCUUUUCUGGGCUUUAACAAGUCUCUGUGGGGUCCUCUGGAGCUGGUGGAGAAACUGUGUCCUGAAGCAGCAGAGAUCUCCGCCUCUGUACGAGACCUGCCUGGACUUAAGACUCCAUUAGGCAGGGCCAGAGCUUGGUUGCGUCUGGCCCUCAUGCAGAAACGGCUGGCCGACUACCUAAGACUCCUCAUCACCAGAAAAGACCUGCUCAGUGAUUUCUAUGAGAAUUCAGCCCUGAUGCUGGAGGAGGAGGGAGCCGUGAUAGUGGGCCUGCUGGUGGGCCUGAACGUCAUCGAUGCUAACCUGUGUGUCAAAGGGGAGGACCUGGACUCUCAGGUUGGGGUGAUCGACUUCUCCAUGUACUUGAAGAAUGACAUUGAUGAUUACAGGAGUGAAGAAAGGAAUAGCCAGAUAGCAUCCAUCUUGGAUCAGAAGAACUACGUAGAGGAACUGAACCGACAACUCAACUCCACAGUUCAUGGUCUUCAGGGCAGAGUGGACUCUCUAGAAAAGUCCAACUCUAAACUCAUAGAAGAGUUAGCCAUAGCCAAGAACAACAUCAUCAAACUACAGGAAGAAAAUCAGCAGCUGAGGAGUGAAAACAGCCUUAUUCUGAUGAAGACACAACAACAUUUAGAGGUAACCCAAGGCGAUGCGUCAGUGGAGAGAGAUACAUACAAACAGUCACGUCAGGGUUUGGACGAGAUGUACAGCGAGGCCCAAAGGCAACUGAAGGAAGAGUGUCAACUCAGACAGGAUGUGGAAACUGAGCUGUUAGUCCAGGUGUCGAUGAAACAGGAAAUGGAGAUGGCCAUGAAACUUCUGGAAAAAGAUAUUCAUGAAAAACAGGACACACUGAUCGGACUGAGACAUCAACUGGAUGAAGUCAAAGUUAUCAAUGUAGAGAUGUACCAGAAGAUGCAGUCAUCUGAUGAGGAGAUGAAGAAGAAGAACGAUGUUAUAACUCGUCUGGAGGAGAAGACCAAUCAGAUCACUGCCACCAUGAAGCAGCUGGAGCAAAGAUUACAGGAGGCAGAGAGGCACCGCACCUCAGCCGAAGAGGGAACCAGACGCUUCAAGUUGGACUUUGCCAACAAGGCCGACAGCCUGCAGCGGCAGAUCGAACACAGAGAAAAGCAACUCCAGCAGCUGGAGAUGGACCUGAAGAUAGAGAGGGAGUGGAGGCAGACGCUACAAAAUGAUCUAGACAGAGAGAGGGACACGGUGGCUCAGCUCAGCACAGAGGCACUGCAGAUCAAUGGACUAAAGAAGGAGUUCCAUCGUCUCCAGGAUGAAAACAUUCAGCUGAAGACAAUCUGUGAAGACCAAGAACAAGCUCUUGAGGAACUAGGCUCCAAACUGAGCGAAUCCAAACUCAAGAUUGAGGACAUCAAAGAAGCCAACAAAGCUCUUCAGGGGGGUCAGGUUUGGUUGAAGGACAAAGAAGCCAGCCACUGCAAGCUGUGUGAGAAAGAGUUCUCCAUCUCAAGACGAAAGCACCACUGUAGGAACUGUGGGGAGAUUUUCUGUAACAGCUGCUCUGACAAUGAGCUCCCUCUGCCCGCCUCACCAAAACCAGUCCGAGUCUGUGACACCUGCCACGCCCUCCUCCUCCAGCGAUGCUCCUCCAAUCCAACGUGAAGGAGCCCCACGCUGCUGUCUUGACUGCUUCAAACAAUCAGAGAUCCGAAUCAGCACCCUCCGGUCCUCUGUAAGAACCAUCUCCCAACUUCUCUUAACACACAGCUUGCUGUUAGCAAUGGACUGUGUGCAAAAGCAUUUAGAACAUUUCAUUUGACCUCAUUUACAGGUUGAAAUGGACAUUCAUAGAUAAAAUGAGGGGCUUCUGCAUCAUUGUAACCCGUCUUUGUUUGACGUCACUACUUUCUUUGCAGAUGAGUUGCAGUACACAU